GAAGUCUUCCGGUAUUAUUUUCGAGUUCAAAAUGUAAUUUGUUGUAGUUUGAAUAUUUUGUUAAUAAGACGGAAAGCUAAAAGCUUAAACAUUCCUAAAAUAAAACUUGACGUUGGAGUGUGUUAUGGACGCCGGUGUUAGCAGCUCAGUGAUGUCAUAGUUCUGCUUCGAGUUGAGAAAUUUGUUGCGUUGUUUUUAUUACGACUUUAAAGGAUCACGUGAUAUUCUGAAUCACGUUAUUACCUUAAUUUGCUUCAACCCUAAACUUAAAAAUAAGAUGGCAUCACAAAAGCAUACCGUCAGCAAACGUCAGUGCCCAUAUCUUCCCAUUUUCAUCGUGGAGGAAAUCCUUCAGAACCUACCUGCUGAGAAGGUGGUGUGUGUGUGCCGUCUGGUGUGUCGUGAGUGGAAAUUAUUAGUCGAUGGCACAGCAUUUUGGAGAAAGCGAUGUAGGAGGGAAGGAUUUGAGCCUCACGAUACCAACAAAAUGCCAAGGGACUGGAAAAUCUUCUAUUUCUUGUGUAAGAAUCGCCGUAACCUGUUGAAGAACCCUGAUGCCAAAUAUGGAUUCCAACACUGGAAAAUUAUUGAUAAUGGAGGUGAUCAAUGGAUAGUAGACAGAUUGUUCAAAGAUCAUCCUGAUGAAACAGUGAAUAAAUGCUUUGUUACAUCUUAUGGCAAAUGCUCAAAACAGCAGCUAAUUAACCUGGAGAAAGAAGGUUACAGUCCUGCGUUUAUGGAUGAAAUACAGCCCAAUAUUGUGAUAUCAGACUGGUAUGCCCCGCGUUGGGACUGUGGCAGUGAAUAUUGGAUUCACGUAGAGUUACUUGAUCGCCGCAAGCGGCAAAUCCACAUCUUUCAACCUGAUCAAGUGAUCUUUCAGCAGUGGAACGAUCAGGAAUGGAAUCAGAUGACUCACACGUUUAAAGACUACGGACCAGGAGUUCGUUUUAUCCGCUUCACACAUGGUGGAAAGGACACACAGUUCUGGGCCGGCCACUAUGGAGUCCGAGUCACUCAUAGUAGUGUGGAAAUCAUCCCACAUGAAGUGUAGUGCCUUCAAUAAAUGUAUACUGUAUAUGUAUAUAUAAAUAUAUUGCACAUAGUUACAUGGCCUCUUACACAUACAAAAAUGAAGGAUGAAAAUCUUUGUAAAUAUAAAUGAGUGUUAUUGCAGUUUGAUCGGCACUCGUUUAUUUUUUAUUUGCAUUUUUUCCCCUCAUCCCUGGUUUUUUUUUUCUAAUUGCUUCCAUUGAUUUGUGCACCCACCGAAAACAUUGUCUUUUACCCUUUACCCUAAACUUUCAGUGCAGGUUAUCAAGCUCUAAUCAACAAACAUACUGACUUGCCCUCUUCCAUUUCUAUUUUCAUUUAUACCUCCUUCCUCCGAGUCACUCCCAUUCGUCACAAUCCCACUAUCAUUUCGCAUAUAUACAAUCGCCUGUCUUUUUUUCCCUUUUUUCUCCCACUUUAGCGCAUCCAAUUUCUGCUUGUCAAUCAUCCUCUCACUAAUGCCGGUCCCUGCUCCCGAUCGUGGAGGACGAGGCUGCUCCACGCCCCCUCCGACACGUGCACAGCAAUCGAACAUCUUAUCACCUACACUUGACGAGUGCAGUGCGGUACAGUGCUGUGUACGGAGAACCACACCCUCUACCGCACUCCUUUUUCAUCUCCGUGCAGGCGCCACCAACCAGCCAGCAGAGGUCGUAAUCGCACUAGUCUGAGUGAGCGUCCCCAUCCGGCUUAAUUGCGCCCCUAUCUGAACAACAGGCCAUUCUUUGUUCAUGUGGCUGCUCAGCCUCAGCCGGCAAGGCAGAGCCGUGAUUCGAUACGAUGUAUUCGAGAUCUCAGCUCUGGUGAUCAGUGUGUGUUUUUACCGCGGCGCCACCUGAGCGACACAAUCGCCUGUCUGAUCAAAAGUAUUUACACUCCCAGCAAAUACAUACUUGCACAUGCACAUAAUCACCGUUCUGUGCAAAAGUAUUCACACCCACACCAAAUACAUGCUUGUGUACACACGAUCACAUAUCUAAGCAAAAGUAUUCACCCUCGUUCCCACCACGUACAUACUUGAUUACACCCUACGAGAAGGUCCUGGGUUUGAUCCCCGGGUGGGGCGGUCCGGGUCCUUUCUGUGUGGAGUUUGCAUGUUCUCCCCGUGGCUUUCCUCCGGGAGCUCUGGUUUCCUCCCACAGUCCAAAGAUAUGCAAGUGAGGUGAAUUGGAGAGACUGUGUUUGACGUUAAAACUGAUAAAUCUUGUGUAACGAGUAACUACCAUUCCUGUCAUGAAUGUAACCAAACUGUAAAACAUGACGUUAAAAUCCUAAUAAACAAACAAACACCCUAGCAACCACCUAAAACACCAUAGCAACCAACCAUCAGCACCCAAGCAACCAACCAUCAGCACCCAAGCAACCAUAUGAUGCAUUUUAGCAAUCACCUACCAACAGCUUGGUUAACCUAGUACACCUUGGCAACCACCUAGACACAACUAAGCGACUCCUUAGCAACUAACCUGUUACUAUAGCAACUGCCUAGCAACAACUUUGCAAUCACCUCUGCAACAGCUUCGCAACCACCUUGCAUCAAUUUAGUAACUAUCAGCUCUUAAAAAACAACCUGUCUAGCUAUACCUUAGCAACCACCUAAGAAAAGCUUAACCAAAGAGUACACCUUGGCAACCACCUAGCAACGCAUCACCAUCUAGCAUGCAAUUUGUCUGCUAAGUUGUAAUGACACUCGCAUUUUCAUCAGGAAAUGCACUUUUCUUGCAGUGUGUAUGUUCACUUAUCUACAAUGUUUAAAACUUAGUAUAUACACAUUUCUAACUUCAUUUAAUGGCUCUCAAAUCUGCUUUUUAUAUACAGUACAUACAAAUAAACAAAAUAUUGUCUAAGAUGUCACAUGAUGGUAGUAUGAUCAUGGUAUUUUAAGCACAUUUUCUCUGAGAUGUAAUUAAAUUAAAAGAAAAAUCAUUCAGUAAUUUUACAAUUUGGUUGGUGAGGUGACAACAGAAAUGACCAAUUCAUUAAGCUGCAUAUGUGACCACUGAAGAGUCCAGGGUGUGACUAGUAAAAUGAAACCCAUGUGUCCAUUGAAAUUAGAUGGUUGAUUCAGUAGCUAUGAGGGCAGAUAAUUUUUUCACAUAGAAUCAUGUAGGGCAUCUUGUGGGCAGCAUGAUGGCCAAGUCGCUAGCGCUGUCACUUUACAGGCAAGAAUGUCUUGGGUUAGAUUUCCAGGUGGAUCUGUCCAGGUCCUUUCUAUGCGAAGUUUGCAUGUUCUCCUUGUGGCUAUGUGGGUUUUCCUCCGGAAGCUCCGGUUUUCUUCCCACAGUCCAAAGACAUGCAAGUUAGGUGAACAGAAGAUACAAAAAUGCCUGUGACUGUGAUAUUAAACUUUGAACUGAUGAAUUAUGUGUAACUUGUAACUACAUGUUCUGUCAUGAAUGUAACCAAAGUGUGUAAAACAUGAUGUUAAAAUACUAAUAAACAAAAAGGGGGGAAAGGGAA